AUGUUGUAUGUACAGUCAGCAAAUGCAUCACAAUCAUGGCGAGUUUUCAAUGUCGUCAUGUGUGUUUUCUUUUCAUUGGCAGCCUAUGUAAAUUUCAAUGAUGAUGACUGGUAUAUUUGGGUGCCCAUAUACACAGUACCUGCACUUUUGUCUGCAUCUGUUGCCAUGAAACCAAGUCUUGCUGAGAGCACGUCAUGGAAUAAGUUAGUCAGCAUUGACUUCAUCCUGUGCUCUCUCUAUAGUUUGUACCAGCUGUUUGCAUUGUUUAAAAAGAUGCCUAGUAACAAUUUGGAGAACCCCUUAAUUCACGAGGAAGGAAGAGAAAUGGGUGGUUUGCUCGUCAUCCUUGCAUGGGCAGGUAUAGCCAGAUACAUGUCGCCUGAGAGGGUCAAAGGUAUUGAAAGCAGUCAGAGGGCCGCAGUAAUCAUCUUUUGGUUUAUAACCUUCUUGGCCAGUAUUCCACUCCUUUUGUGGUCACUCUGUUUUAUUGAUGAUUGGCACAAAGAUUAUGGACAUUGUAACGGCAUGUUUCAGAAGUAA